AUGGACCCUCGAAGGGCUCGAGAUCCCCGGUUACAACGUGCUCAAGCAGAUCCUACACCAACACCAACACCUCCCCCCCAAUAUCCUCCGUCAUCUCAUUCCGGCGAGAAUGGCUCAGGCUCAGCGCUUGUGGCGUUGACGUCCCAAAUACAACCGAAUCAUACAAUUGAAUACAGCCAUACGUCGGUGCAAAACCCUCCACCAACAUCUCAGGAUAAUGCUGUAACGCCCGGGUACAAACCUCGUCCCUUGUUCUGUGUCGUCUGUGCGAGCAAUCAAAAUAGAUCUAUGGAAGGACAUUCUGUCCUAUCUAAAGCAGGUUUUCGGGUAAUAUCAUCUGGAACCGGAUCUGCUGUACGACUGCCGGGCCCAUCAAUAGACAAACCCAACAUAUACGCUUUUGGAACGCCUUAUAAUACCAUUUUUGAGGAGUUGAGCUCGAAAGACCCUCGGCUAUAUUCUGCCAAUGGUGUACUCCAAAUGAUUGACCGUAAUCGACGGAUCAAAGCAGCACCUGAACGAUGGCAGGAGAGCAGAGCUGUCGCGGAUAUCGUAUUUACCUGUGAAGAACGUUGUUUUGACGCUGUCUGUGACGAUUUGUUGUCAAGAGGUGGAGAAUAUAACCGUCCGGUCCACAUUAUUAAUAUUGAAAUCAAGGAUAAUCACGAAGAGGCUCUUAUUGCGGGAAAAGCGAUGUUGGAUCUAGCUAAUGCUAUCGAAGCUGCCGAUGACAUUGACGAUGACAUUGACCAGAUCCUAGACGUACAGCAGGAAAAACAUCCGCACAGCUUACUGCAUGCUGUUGCAUUUUACUAA